AUGGAGAGUUCGGGAUCCGCCGCGUGCUGCCCGGUACUACAGCAGCGUGCUCGCUGGGAACGGAAACGUGUCUGCACCGCUCGGGAGCUGCUGGAGACCGAGCGACGCUACCAGGAACAACUGGGGCUGGUGGCCACGUACUUCCUGCGGAUCCUGAAAGCCAAAGGAACACUACGACCACCAGAACUCCAGACCCUGUUUGGGACCUGGGAGCUCAUCUAUGCCGCCAGCCUAGAGCUGCUUCCCUAUCUGGAAGAAGGACAGUGGGGACUGGGGCUACAGGGCUUCUGCCCCCACCUGGAGCUCUACGCCCAAUUUGCUGCCAACGCAGAGAGGUCUCAGACUACCCUCCAGGCGCAGCUGAAGAAGAAUAAGCGUUUUCGGAGGUUUGUGAAGCUUCAGGAAGGUCGCCCUGAAUUUAGGGGUCUUCAGCUCCAGGACCUGCUCCCUCUGCCUCUGCAGCGGCUCCAACAGUACGAGAAUCUUGUCGUGGCUUUGGCUGAGAACACAGUUCCCAACAGCCCUGACUACCAGCUGCUCACACGGGCUGCCCGCCUGGUAAGUGAGACGGCCCAGAAGGUCCACGCCAUCGGCCAGAGUCAGAAGAAUGAUCAGCAUCUGCUGCGUGUCCAGGCUCUACUCAGUGGGCGCAAGGCAAAAGGGCUGACUUCAGGCCGCUGGUUCCUACGGCAGGGCUGGCUUUUAGUGGUGCCUCCCGCUGGGGAGCCUCGGCCCCGGAUGUUCUUCCUUUUCUCCGACGUGCUCCUCAUGGCCAAGCCUCGGCCCCCACUGCACCUGCUGAAGAGUGGCACCUUUGUCUGCAGAGCCCUGUACCCUAUGUCCCAGUGUCACCUUAGCAGGGUCUUUGGCCAUUCGGGAGGACCUUGUGGUGGUUUGCUCAGUCUGUCCUUUCCCCAUGAGAAGCUACUGCUUAUGUCUACUGACCAGGAGGAGCUGUCACAAUGGCACCACAGCCUGACUCUGGCUAUCAGAAGCCAGAAGAGCUCGACCCACAGAAGUGUCACUGCAACAUGACCUUGUCAUCUACUAACAUGCUGGGGCCACAGUCACAGCUAUCCUGGGAUACAUGUGGCAGCUGGGUGUGCCUAUGAAGAAUCCUACAAAUUCCAGAACUCAGGGAUAGGGCAGAGCCUCGAACAAAAGGGAAUGUACUUCAAUUGAGCCUCAGUGGAACAAGCCCCUUUAACGCCCUGCCACUGGGGGGGCCUAAAAAGCCCCUGCUGUCUGUGGCCAGUGGUUAAUCCCAUUUACAGCUUUGGAAAGGAGUCCAUUUUGUUGUUACUGCCUAUGGUUUCCUGUUUUAUUC